AUCGAUGUGUAUUGUUAUGUUGGGCAAUCUGGAAUGCAAGGAACAAAUGUAUGUUCGAGGGGAAGGUUCCAGACCCGGGGACAAUUAUAUUCUUAAUGAACAAAAUGUGGAACGAUCUCCAAACGGCCACAACCGAAGUAUUGUCUCCAAAUACUAGAAGAAUUAGGAAGGAAGUUCGUUGGCAACCACCAGAGGCAGAUUUGGUGAAGCUGAAUUUUGACGCCUCUGUCAAUGCCGUCGAUGGAGUGUGCGGUCUUGGAGUGAUAGCUCGGUCGGAGUCCGGAGAGUGUAUUGGUUGGCGUACAAAAUGCAUUACUCAACAUCUUGAACCAACCGCGGCUGAAGCUAAAGCAGCUUUAAUGGCGAUUGAAGGGGACUCGAGUGUUGUCAUCGCCGCUGUCGGAGAAUCAAAUUGCAACGCAGACUAUGGCACGAUUGUUAGUGACAUUAUCCGAAUAGGUUCUACGCUAACGGUGUUCAGAGCCCAGCAUAUUGUUCGGGAAGGCAACAAGGCGGCGCAUGAGAUCGCAAGAUUAUCGAAAAAUGAAACUUAUGACACGUUAGUGUUACCUGAUAGUAUACGUUCUAUUAUUUCUGCCGAUUUGGCUUUAUAAAUGAAGUUUAUUUUGACUCUCAAAAAAAAAAAA